AGGGUCCCCCCUCCUUUGGACCCCCCCUCAUGGCCCUGGCCCAGGAGGCCGCCAGGGGCUACCUCAGCGUGGUCCCGAACCCCCCGGACCUGUACUUGGAGAAGAUCCUCUUCCACUUGCUCAGGAACGCCGUGAAUUCCCGCUGGAGGACUGGGAAUUCCUGCUGGGCUGUGGCUGAGCUGCUACGGGAGCGACUGCGAACCUACACCCCCCUCCAGGACCCCCCCAAAGACUUCACCACUGUCACCUACAACACCUUCUGUGUCCUCUGGAAAGGGGCAGCGGCCCUGGCAGGGCCUGACCGGCCUUGGGAAGAGGGAAGAUCCCUGUUUUCUGCCCAGAUCCGUGCCCUGCGCUUCCUGCUGCUGCUGGAGCGGGAUGGGGGGUCUCUGCCCCCUCUGCAGCCCCCCUUCUUCACCUCCCAGACAGCCCAAAAGGCAGCAGCAGCCUCUGCCCUCUAUGAGGCCGAGAGGGCUCCCUGCCCUGUGUUCCUGGCCCGGCAGCUCCGGGAAUUCCUCCUGGAGACUCUCCGGGAGGAAGCCCCAAAUCCUCCCGGGAUCCAACACUCCCUGUGCUUCCUGGAGCUCACCCUGGAGUGCUCCAGGCACCUCUGCAGGGCUGGCAGGUUCCACGAGGCCCUGAAGGCCCUGGAGGAGGUCAAGGCAUUCCUGGGGCGCUCCAAGGAGGAUUUGGGGGCCCCCCUGGCGCUGCUGGAGGCUGGGAUCCAGCUGGGAAAGGGGAGGUCCCCCCCAGGGCCCCUGCUGUCCCAGGCAGCUGCAGCGCUGAGGGGGGAGGGCUCAGAGAGGACCCUCAGGGUGCUGCUGGAGGGGGCCCGGUUUGUGACGGCCCAGCUCGGGGAGGUGACGAGGAGGAGUCGGGAGCUGCCCUUCGGCCUCGAGGACCUGCCCGGGCUCUGUGCCUUCACCGAGGGGCAUUGCUGGGCCCUGCAGCGGCUGCUCGGCAGGGUGCCCCCCGAUGCCCUCAAGCAGCAGGUGACGGUGAAGCAGCUCCUGUUCCGGAGCCUCCAGCUCUUCUCCAACACCAUCCACGACACCUUCCAGGGCUCCCAGCCCUCAGGGUGGCUGGGGCUGGCCCAGGUGAGCAGGAGCUGCACCCGGAGCGUGACCUGGAUGGUGGAGGCUCUGGGGGGGCUCCCCGAGACCGACAGGGCCAAGUUCCUCGAUGUCACCGCCUCGUGCACCUUCAAGUUGGGCUUCGCCUUCCAGAGCCGGAACCUUCUGGAAGAGGCCGGAGCCAUCUGCGAGCCCUUCUGCAGGGGGGUGGGGGAACUGGGGGGCUAUGGCUGCCCUGACACCCCCCCAGAGAGGCUCCACAAGUGUUUCCGGAUGCAGGUGGAGAGCUGGAAGCGCCUGGGGCGGCCGGAGCAGGCUCUGGGCUCAGUGACCACGUGGCUCCUGGCCCUGGCCCAGCCUGGGGGGGUCCUGAGGGCCCAGCCCGGGGGGCUCCUGCACGAGCCUGUGGGACUCUGGGCCAGGAUCAAAUCGGAGGCAGCCAAACAGGGCCGGGAGGAGCUGCGGCUGCGGACCCUCAGGGACUCCCUGGAAGGCCAUUCCCUGGACAGGGCCACCCUGGUGUCCCUCCUGCUGGCCGAGCUCCAGGCUUACAAGUGCCUGAAGUGGGACACGGGGCCGGAGCGUUACAACGUCCUGUGUGACCUCCUGGAGCUCUGCCCCGAGGACCCCGGGGGGCUCCUCCCGAGGGCUCUGGGGCUCCUGGAGCUGGCCCAGGUCCUGUGCUACCACAGCUUCGCCCCCCACACUGACUGCUCCGCACUGGAUGCGACCCGGGAGGCCCUGAGGCUGCUGGAAAAGGUGCCCCAGAAUUCCCAGAACCGAGAUCAGCUCCUGGAUGAGAAGGCCCAGGCCCUGCUCUGGCUCCACAUCUGCACCCUUGAGGCCCAUAUGGAAAAGGGCAUGGAGAGGGAGCAGAGGGGGAGGACCCAGGGCAGCAGGAACCUGGAGGAGUUUGAGCCCAACGACCUGAAUGCCGAGGGAAGGGCAGGAGAGGAGCUGGAUCCACAGGAUGGGAUCAGCUGCACCCUGGACACCGACAGGGCUCUGACCAAAAGCCUGGACGAAGCCUUUUCCCUAUGGAAGCAGCUCCUGGAAUCCCCUGGCAUUCCUUGUGUUCGGAGCCUGGAACAAACCGUGACCUCCCUGCACCUCCUGGCCACCCUCUACAAGCUCCUGGCCAAGCCCAUCCAAGCCCUGGAGAGUUUCCUGCUGCUCCGAUCCUUGUGCCGGAACCUCAGUGACACUCCCGGCACUGCCUGGGCCUUGUCCCACCUCACCCGCCUGCUCCUGCAGCUGGAAUGUCCCACCCAUGCCCAGGUUUUCCUGGAAGAGCUGGAGUCCAUCCUGAGGGAAUUCCCAGGUGGAGAUGAAUCCCAGCAGCUCCUGCAACAUUCCUGCCUCCUGCUCCGGAGCCACCUGUGCUGUGUCAGCCAAAAAAUGGAGGAGGGGCUGUCCCUGCUCCUGCAGGUUCUCCAGAGCCCCCUGGCCCAAAAGGCCACCAAGGGCUGGGGGUCUCUGGGGGGAUGGAGGGUCCUGGAAAGGUUUAAACUCUGGGAUUUUGAGGAUGAUGAGGAGGAAUGGCAGGAGUUUGGGGGCUGGAAGACCCCCAAGGUGGCCCUGAUGGAGGUCCAGAAGCUCCUUCGCAGUGUCAUCAUCUUCCUUCUGGGCUUUGACAUCCUGGGGGGCUCCCGGAGCAACGAGGGGCCAGAGCAAUUCCAGGACUAUGGUGCCAACGUGGUGCUGAAGUGGGAGGUGCUGGGGGAGGCCCUGUGGUGCUGUGAGCGCCUGGUGACACUGCUGGGCCGGGCCGAGGUGCUGUGCCGGGCCAGGGCCUUCUGCGGGGAGGCCCUCAGGCUGUCCGGGCUCCUGCAGGGCACACGGUGGGCACACAGUGGAUCCUUCCUGGAUUCAGUGCUGGAGCACCCAGGGGUUGACCUUGAGCUUGACAAGUUUGGGAUUCAGGUUGGAUCCUUGGGCUGGUGGACCCCAAAUAUCCCUCCCUUCCAUCCAGAGUUUAAAUCCAGAAAGGAGAGUGUUGGAUCCAGGUUUCUCAGGCUGAAGGACCCCAAAUUAACCCUCCUUUCCCUUUCAGAGCCCAAACCCCCCCAGGAGCCCCUGCUCCCACCCAAGAUCCACCCGAGGAAGGGCCACAUGGAGCCGAGGAGGCGCUGGGACCACCCCAAAAACCCCUCGGGAGAGGUGGACGAGGGGUUCCUAAAGGGCCCUGCCCUGGAAUUUGUGGCUCCUUCAAGCUCCCAGGACCCUCUGAGUGCCCUCACAGCCUCCCCUGAGCUGAAACCCGGGAAGAAGAUGAGCCUGACCUUCCUCUCCCACCCCUGGAGCUGCCCCUGCUGCCUCUGCUCAGACCUGGUGGUGUCGGUGCUGGGCCUGCGCUGGGCCCUGGCCCAGGCCCGGGGCCGGGUCCUGGCAGGGGAAGGGGCCGCGGGGGUGGCCCUGGUGAGGAGGGUCCUGCCCCGCUGUGCCAGGGUGGGCCACAGGUUUGCCAGGGAGCUCGGUGACAGGCUGGGGGGGCACCGUGGAAAAGGGGAGCCCCCCGGGGACAGGGACCACCCCAGGAACCAGGACUUCUCUGUCAAUGGGGACCCCACCAGGGACAGGGACCCCCUUGGGAACCAGGACCUGGGGCUGCAGGACCCCUUUGAGGACCAAGACCCUCCUGAGAACUGGGAUCUGCCCACCCUGGACCCCCAGAACCCCCCCAGAAUGAGACCCCAGCCCACUCUGGGCCUGCUGGACGAGCUGGUGGCCAUGGGCUACUCCACACUGGCCCUGCAGAGCCUGAGCGGCACCGGGGGGCUCUGGGACCCCCAGGACGAGGAGCUGGAGUGGGGAUUGACCUUCCUGGAGUCCUGCAGCCCCCACCUGCCCGGCCUGGGGGUCUCCAGGGCCACCCUCCUGCUGGCUAAGGCCAUGGCCACCCUUGGCCACCUGGCCACCAAACUGGGCCUCUCUGUGGAUGAUGUCCUUGCCCAGGGCUGGACCCUCCAACUGCAGCCUCCCCCUCCAAAAAAGACCCUGAAAGACUCCAAGGCUGAACCCCAAAAGCACAAACCCGCCCCCCCCAAGGCCAGGGGGGUGAAGCCCCGUGGGGUGGAACCCCCCAAGGAGAAGCCCUCCAAGGAGAAGCCCCCCAGGGUGAAGCCCCCCAGGGUGAGCCCCCCCAGCCCCCAGGACGUGUUUGCUCCGGGGGACUUGGACUCUGAGGUUGUGCCCCCCAUUGCAAUCAGGGGGCCCUGCACCCCCCACCCCAAAGCUUUUCCCUCCUUCCCGGGGCUCCCUGGCCUCCCCAGGACCCCCUUCACCAUCUACAACGAGGCCUCACCCCCUCCUUGCAAGGCCCAGCUGAGCAGAGCCCCCAGAGCCCAGGGGAGGGUCAAGUCCCGCCUAAAGGUGACAUUCAGUGAUGACAGCGACCUGGAGGAUCCUAAAGCCCCCCCAAGUGCCUCAACCACCCAAAAAACAUCCUGUGCCCGCAGGAAGAGGCAGCCCCGCAAGUCCCCAGGAUCCCCCCAAAUGAGCCCCCCAGGAAUGGGGGUCAGACGACAGCGGGGGAGGCCCAGGAAGGACCAAGGAAGCCCCCAAAAAGCGGCUCAGGAGAAGAAGGAAAGGGGGACACACUGGGCUGGGGGUUCCAGGAGGAAGAAGGAGCAGGAGACCCCCCAAAAUGUGGCUCUGGAGGAGAAGAAAAGGGGAACCCGCCGGGCUGGGGGUCCCAGGGGGAAGAAGGAGCAGGAGACCCCCCAAAAAGGGGCUCUGGAGGAGAAAACAAAGCAGGGACCUCCCUCCCAGGGGGUGCUGGAGGGGCUUAACCCCCUGAGGGCCGUGGAAGAAGAGGAGGAGGAAGAGCUACAGCGGAGCUUCGAAGUCUCCCAGGAGUGGGGGGGACCCCCAGGGAGGGUCCAGCCCAAGGCCAGUGAGGAUGUCCCAGGCAGGGGGGACCCCACACCAGGUUUGGGGGCACCCCUGCCCAUGGCUAGAGGUCACCCAUCCCUGGACUCAGUUUUGGAGCUGCUGCAGGAGGCCCUGGGCUGGAUCAGCCACUUCCCCCCGGGGUCCCUGUACGGGGGGCUGUGCCAGCUGCUGGCCCUGCUCACGGGGGACAGGGACCCCCUGGGCACAGCGGGGCUGCUCUCGGAGUCCUUGUGUGUCACCGCCCGCCACCAGCUGCUGGGCAUCCUGCACAGCCGGGCAAGGAAGAAGAGGAAGAAGGAGAAGUUGGGAGGGGAUGUGUCAGAGCAGCUCCAGGGCCUUUCCCUGCGGGAAGGGGGGGCCCCCCCCCAACCCUGCCCCCACCUGGCCCAGCUCGAGGGGCUCUUCCAGUUCAGCACCUCAGGGCUGGGGGCUCCAGAGAGGGAACAAUUCCGGGAGCAGAUCCAGCAGAUCCCCAGUGGGGUGACCGUGGUCCUGCUGGCCCUGGGCAGCCCCUGCCCGGGGGCCGUUGGGGAUACUCUGCUCCUGACGCGGCUGGAGAGGGACAUGGAGCCCCUGAGCAUCCGGAUCCCCACCCACAGGUCCCAGGCCCCCCUCAGCUCCAUCCUGAGAGAAUUUGAGUCGAUCCAACACGAGCAGAAGGAAGCCAACGGAUGCACAGACAAGCAGGAGUGGUGGUCACGGCGUUGCCAGCUGGAUCAGAGGAUGAAGACUCUCAUCCAGAGCCUGGAGUCCCAUGUUUUGGGGUGCUGGCGGGGGCUGCUCCUGCCCAGGCCCCCCGGGAGCUCCCCCAGCUUGGCCGAGGAAUCCUCCCGGCUCAUCCCGGAGCUGCGGAGCUGCGGCUGGAAUGACCCCGACCCUGCCCUCGUCCAGGUGCUGCUGAAUGGGGCCCCUGCACUGACCCCCCCUGAUGUCCAGGCCUUGGCCUUUGGCCUCUGCCCGGCCCGGCCCCUCCGGGCGCGGCUGCUCCUGGAGGAGGCCCUGGAGGGGGCCCUGGAGAGGGACCAAGGGGACAGCAGGGGGUCCCUGGUGCUGCUGCUGGACAAGCACCUGCAGCGUCUCCCCUGGGAGUCCCUCCCGGCCCUCGGGGCCGUGCCGGUGACGCGGCUCCCGGCCCUGCGGUUCCUGCUCAGCUACGUGAUGGCCCGGCAGAGCUCAGGGUCCGUCCUGGCCCGGGGGGUGAACCCCAAAAGCACCUUCUACGUCCUGAACCCCCACAACAACCUGGGGGGCACCGAGCAACGUUUCCGGGCCUGGUUCGAAAGUGAGCCAGGCUGGCGCGGCGUGUCUGGCUCUAUCCCAACCCCGGAGCAGAUCCAGGAGGCCCUUCUGGAGCAUGACCUGUACAUCUAUGCAGGGCACGGGUCGGGGGUGCGGCUCCUGGACAGACAGACCCUUUCCCGACUGGAAUGUCGGGCCGUGGUGCUGCUCUUCGGCUGCUCCAGCGCCGCCCUGGCCCUGAGGGGGGGCCUGGAGCCCACCGGGACAGUGCUCAGAUACGUCAUGGCCGGGUGCCCCCUGGUGCUGGGGACGCUGUGGGACGUCACUGACCGGGACCUGGACCGCUUUGCCCAGGCCCUGCUGCAGGGUUGGCUGGGGGGAGGCCCCGGGACCCCCCUCCUGCCCCACCUGUCCCAGGCCCGCCAGGCCCCCCGACUCAAAUCCCUCAUCGGGGCCGCGCCCGUGGCCUACGGGCUGCCCGUGAGCCUCAGCUGAGGGGGGUCCCUCCCAUUGUCUUUGGGGUCCCCCCAUUGCUUGUGGUGUGGGCUGGAGGGUCCCCCAGUUGGUUUUGGGUCCCCCCUGUUACCUACAGGCUCCUCAUCUCCCUGUGGGGAUGGUUGGGGGGUCCCCCCCAUUGUUUGGAGAUCCCCUUGUUACCUUUGGGGUCCCCCCAUUGCCCUGCUGAGGAUUUUGGGGUCCCCCACCACCAUGGGGCCUUUUGGGGGUGUCUCUGUCUGUUCUGGGGUCCCUGUGCCUGUUUUGGGGAGUUUUGCACACCUUAAUUUAUUUUAAUGAAAUUGGUUUUAUUCGAGUUUCUGCAACAAUGAAAUAAAUAAA